GAGUGAUCUGGAUCUUGUGUUCUGACCUAGCGGCAGGUCAAACCUUGAGGCAGAACUGUUCUCAUGACCGCGGCAGCAGCAUCUCAUGUGGACAACGCUUUUACGUCCUUCUCUGCAGGCUCUUCGGCAGCAGGCUGCGGGACGUGAUUGGCUGUUCGAGCCGCUGCUACUUUAUAAAAGUGCUGAUUGCGCGCGUGAGCUUCAGAGUCGGAGAGACGGAGCAGUGGAUACAGUGAGGAGCAGCGGAGGAAGAGGAGGAGGAGGAAACACGAGGAAAACAUCAGAGCAACAUCAACAACAAUCUGAGUCCAAGGAGAAUCAAAGACGAUUAAACGGCUGUCGGAUUAUUGACAGGAAGAAGUCGAGUCGAUAACGUCACUCGACAGAGGAGUUUAACCCAGACCCAAACUCCAGACUUGGUGCGGAGACCGACUGUGUGGUGGAUGCGCAUUUCACGAGUGAAAAAUGCGUCGCUAAGUGUGUUCCAGCGUGUAACUGUCGGCUGCCAUGUGCCUGUGAGUGCGCUAACUUCCCGCUGUGUGAGCCUGAGCCCUCGGUAAACAUGAGGUUCUUGGUUUUUCUGCUGUGUCUCCUGACGUUGGAGGAAGUCACAGCCUCCAGAUACGCCCGGGAUUCACAGACUGGCUCUGACCCCUCUGAGCCCCCCGACACCAACGCCUCCUUCUCAGUGCUGGGCCCAAAGUCCGCCCCACCACAGAGCCCUCCCCCCAUGUGUUUGAAGCCCACGGAGCUCAUGCAAGCCUUCAAGUAUGUCAACACCGUCGUGUCCUGCCUGAUUUUUGUGGUCGGGAUCGUCGGGAAUUCCACCCUGCUGAGGAUCAUAUACAAGAACAAGUGUAUGAGGAAUGGGCCCAACGUCCUGAUUGGCAGCCUGGCCCUGGGGGACCUUUUCUACAUCAUCAGCAACAUCCCCAUCAACAUCUUUAAGCUAAUUGCUAAAGAAUGGCCGUUUGGAGUCUACGUGUGUAAACUGGUGCCGUUCAUCCAGAAAGCCUCUGUGGGGAUCACCGUCCUCAGCCUGUGUGCCCUCAGUGUUGACCGCUACCAUGCAGUGACAUCCUGGAGCAGGGUGAAGGGAAUGGGCAUCCCCGUGUGGAAGACGGUGGAGGUGACUCUGAUCUGGGUGGUGGCGGUGGUGUUAGCGGUGCCGGAGGCGUUGGCCUUUGACCUGAUUGAGUUACCCUACAGAGGACAGAAGCUCCUCGUCUGUCUCCUGCAUCCACAGCAGACCAACAGCUUCCUGCAGUUGUACCAGGAGGCCAAGGACUGGUGGCUGUUUGGUUUCUACUUCUGCUUCCCUCUGGCCUGUACGGCCGUCUUCUACACACUCAUGUCCUGUGAGAUGCUCAGUCGCAAAAAAGUCAUGCGCGUUGCACUCAACGACCACAUGAAACAGCGCAGGGAAGUGGCCAAGACUGUUUUCUGCUUGGUGUUGAUCUUUGCCCUCUGCUGGCUGCCCCUGCACCUCAGCCGCAUUCUGAAGAAGACAGUCUAUGACCCCACUGACCCGAAUCGCUGUGAGCUGCUCAGCUUCCUGUUAGUGAUGGAUUACAUCGGCAUCAACAUGGCCUCCCUGAACUCCUGCAUUAACCCUAUCGCCCUCUAUUUCGUCAGCCAGAAGUUCAAAAACUGCUUCAAGUCCUGUCUGUGCUGCUGGUGCUACAGACGCUCUCCUCUGGACGAACGAGGCUCAGGAGACCACUGGAAGGGCUCCUGUCACGGUAACGGCCUGGACAGUUCCAGCACCCGCUCCAGUCAGAAAUACACCAGCUCCUCGUAAACAAACACACACGCACACACGCACAUACAGACACACACAUACCAACACUGUGGCCGUCGCACCUCUGCUGCCAAACCAAUGAAAACGCAUCAUUGCUGCUGAUAAGAGGGAAAAGGAGGCGUGACAGAAGGGUCAGAGGUCACACCUACAGGACC